UGAGGCGGGCCCGGGCCGGCUCUUCCUCUGGCAGCUGCGGGCGGAGUCUCCAGGCGGUGCCUCCCGUCCGCGCCCAGCCCGCGGGAGCCGAGGGGCGAGCGUCCCGCACCCCACGGCCCCGCCAUGUUCUCGCUCCUGCGGGGGUUCGCGUUGCCGGCGGCCGCCUGCGACGGGAACAGGGAUUGCGACUCCCGGUACGCCAACCUUUUUAAGAAGCUGGACCUCAACGAAGAUGGGAGGGUGGAUAUCGCCGAGCUCCAGACGGGCCUCCGCGCCAUGGGCAUCCCCCUGGGAAAAGAGGCGGAGGAGAAAAUUUUUAAAGCUGGAGAUACUAACCAGGAUGGACAGCUAGAUUUUGAAGAAUUUAUGCAGUAUCUUAAAGAUCAUGAGAAAAAGAUGAAACUGGCAUUUAAGAGUCUGGACAAAAACAAUGAUGGAAAAAUUGAACCAUCAGAAGUUGUCCAGUCCCUCAAGAUAUUGGGUAUAAGCAUUUCAGAAAAACAGGCAGAAAAGAUUCUACAAAGUAUUGAUGCUGAUGGAACAAUGUCAGUAGACUGGAAUGAGUGGAGAGAUCAUUUCAUGUUUAACCCUGCUACAGACAUUGAAGAAAUAAUUCGAUAUUGGAAACAUUCCACUGUGUUGGAUAUAGGAGAUAGUUUGACUGUUCCAGAUGAGUUCACAGAGGAAGAGAAGAAGACUGGACAGUGGUGGAAACAGCUGUUGGCAGGAGGAGUGGCUGGUGCUGUCUCUCGAACAGGUACAGCACCCUUAGAUCGCCUUAAAGUCAUGAUGCAGGUUCAUGGUUCAAAAUCAAACAAAAUGAAUAUAGCCAGUGGUUUUAAACAAAUGUUGAAAGAAGGUGGUGUUCGAUCCCUCUGGCGGGGAAAUGGUGUAAAUGUUGUGAAAAUAGCUCCUGAAACGGCUAUUAAAUUUUGGGCUUAUGAACAGUAUAAGAAGAUACUCACUAAAGAUGAUGGCAAGUUAGGCGCUGUUGAAAGAUUUGUGUCUGGUUCUUUGGCUGGAGCAACAGCACAAACUUCAAUUUAUCCCAUGGAGGUUUUAAAGACCAGAUUGGCUGUGGGUAAAACAGGGCAAUAUUCUGGCAUGUUUGACUGUGCUAAGAAGAUCUUAAAAAGGGAAGGUGUGAAGGCCUUCUACAAAGGCUAUAUUCCUAAUAUUUUGGGUAUAAUUCCUUACGCUGGCAUUGACCUUGCUGUUUAUGAGCUCUUAAAGAGUACGUGGCUAGAACACUAUGCAUCAAGCUCUGCUAACCCAGGUGUUUUUGUGUUGUUGGGAUGUGGUACUGUUUCCAGCACAUGUGGGCAGUUAGCCAGUUACCCCCUUGCUCUUAUCAGAACACGCAUGCAGGCUCAAGCCUCGGUGGAAGGAGCUCCACAGCUAAACAUGGUCAGUCUCUUUCAAAGAAUUAUAGCUGCAGAGGGAAUCCAAGGACUUUAUAGGGGCAUAGCCCCUAAUUUUAUGAAAGUGCUUCCAGCUGUCAGUAUCAGCUAUGUUGUAUAUGAAAAAAUGAAGCAGAAUUUGGGAAUAGCAUGAAAGGAAGGAAAAAGGUGAGAUGAUAAUGUUGUUGGAAACACCAGAACAAAAAUUAUUUCUCAAGUAAUCUGCUUUCACAAUCAGAGACAGAUCUUUGUGGAGAGAUGCUGCAACUUCUACUUUUGCCUUGAAGUGGGAAGAAACUUUCUUAAAUUUUAGUUCACCGUUUCUAAACAGAUAUGUAUAUUGCACUUUAAAAUGUCACUGAGUUUAAAAAAAAAAAAUCAAGAAACUAUCUUUAAAUCAGCAAUAUUUAUAUUUUCAGAAAAUAUGUGUGGCUUACUCAUUGGCUUUUUUUUAUUUGUCUUCUCUAAAUGUGUAUUUGGUCUGGAUCAAACCAAAGGUAGGAGAAGUUCAUGCUGCCAUGAUACUGAAUAUAUGACAGGGACUUUUUGUUUUGUCAUGCUCCCUAUACUCAUAGAAUUCACAGGCAAGAUUUUGCACGCCUAGAAGAAAGCACUGUUCUUAUAUUUGAAGACUUAAUGUUAAGUUCGUAAGAAAUGGAGUCUUAGAUACAGACAAGGAUGGAGUUACAGAUUAACAUGUAGCCCAUCACCUUUAUCUUCAGGCUAAGCUUUUUUUAUUUUUUAUUUAAAGAAUAAGAGCCUGAGAAUCUGCUGUUCCAUGGUAUCAGAAUACCUCAAAUGGAUUUAUAUGUUAUUUUUGUAAUACAAUCAGUGGUUUUCAUAACUUGCUUUACUGGACCUGCUUUUCAUUGCACUUGUAAAUUUUAGCACCAUUAACCAUGACAAACUUUGGGUUACAGCUGCACAUUUUAUAGUAUAAUAUACAGGAUAGGAUACAAUAUAGGAUUACAAUAUACGGGAACAGAAAAGGCUCGAUUACUAGAUCCAUUCCAUGCAAAUGCAAGUUGCUGUUUAAAAAAUGAGGUGGAGGAUCCAGUAUUAAGCUGACAGUGAUUGUAAUACAGCCAAUAGCAGAGCUCAUCAUAGCUGCCUUGGGGAGAGCAGUGUUACUCAUGUUGGACUCGCCAUUCUCGCCUUCGCUCAGAGGGCUACUGUCUGCUAUGUGCUUUUAGCCAGUAGGGGGUUGCAUUAUUAUACGAAGUUUUACAGGUUUGUCAUGUGAGAUAAAUCCUGUUUCUCUCACAAUCUUCUGUGCACACUGGCUGUGUGUGUGAAAUUCGGAUAGUAAAACACCGAAGCAUUUUGUCCAAGUGACCAAAUGGGUCUGAUGUCAGGUGCCCAUCUGAUUGAUGUUAAUGAAGCAAGCAAAGCACGCACACAGAACUUGCUGGUGUUUGAGAAGAAGCUUCUCCUCAAAAAACAAAGCAGCACUGCCUCGAUGCAAGAAGUUUGCUAUUUCCAUGUACAAGUACUUCCAAAGUGAUGUCCUUUUUGGGGGGCAGUGCAGUGCCGCGUUUCAGUUGUCUUCAGGCCUGGACACUGAAAUUGAGUAAAAAUUAUUGCCAAACUCAUUUGUUAGGUUUUUUCUGCUUCCUGCGAUGUGUGCUGUCUUAAUCUUUGUGAAUUUGAGAUUAUAUUUACCCUGGCCUUCUGAAAGCAACUGCUCUUAGACCGCUUCCCGGAAUUGGAUUACUGAAGGAAGAACUUUUGUUCCUGUAAGGUCUUUUUUUUUUUUUUUCUUAAACAAGCAAGUAAGCAAGCAAACAUGACUGACAACCUGAACCUCCCUUGUUCCACAAGCUCUUUGGGCCAUACUUUUCAAACAUCAAACACGGAUGUUAAUCUGUGUUCAGUGUUUCCAUGGUUGGUGUUUAUUCUCCAUAAACUGAUACAUAACAAAUCCAUAAAAUUUGUAUUAUGAAAUGUUUUUUUAUCAGAUUUCAGAAAAUGGCAGCUUUAUCUGUGUCUUUUGGCCUUCCCUUUGGAAAAACCUUGGGCUCUGCACUUUUUCAGAAAAACAUAAAGUCAUUUUAUCUAAAUCAUCCAUAUGUACAACGCCUUUCUCAUCUGAAUGUUUCCUGGUUUUGCCAACUUUCUUGUAUCUUGAUUGGGAACUGAUAUCACAACUCUCCCAAUUUUGUUUGACUGUGACCAAUAAGCAAACGUAUUGUGUGUGUGUGGUGCAAAGAUGACUUUAGCAGUGUCUGUCUUCUAGACUUGCUCCAUUUUGUUCACAAUGUGCAAGUGCAAUUAUGAGUAUUGAACAUGAUGGUAAUGAUGUUUUCAGAUGUUGAGAAGAUGGGGUCUUUGAAAUUUAAUUUUUUCAUUAUGUGCCUUUAUGAUGACUUUGUUCAGUUAUGUAUUCUUUAUCUCUUAAACAUAUGUUUACCUUUUUAGCUCUAUAAAACUACCAGUUUCUAAUAAAUGUUUCCUUACCUGUC